AUGGGAUCGAUCGAGGACUGCCGGACACGCUGGAGGCUGCGAAGAGAUGAAGAAGAAGAGCCAACGACCUACAGAAACGACAGCAGCGUGAGGCUGCGGUUUGGCGGUUGGGAGCAAGAGUACAUCGACCGCUGCCUGGUGAGACGACGAUAUAAUCAGUCUCUGUGGCUGGUGUCUGUCGAUGAGUCGUAUAGGGAGCUUCUCGCCCCUGUGAACGUCUCAAACCACUAUGAAGAGACCAGAGUGACCAUCGUGGUCCCCAAGCCCGUCCUGAGCGAGAUGUCGACGUUCAGGUUUGACAUCAAGAGCUGCAGCGAGAGAGACUGUUACGACGACAGCAGGGCCAUCUCGUCAGACGAGUUCUACGUCCAGGCCUUGUCGACAGCACCGAGAACGCUGGGUUCUUCAUCUACAGAACCACUCGAGCCGGAAGAACCCCCCAGCGGACUGUCUCCAGGCGGGAGGGUAGGCAUCGGGAUUGGGCUAGGUCUGGCGGCCAUCGCUCUGGGGUUGAUGGGGUUCCUCUAUCUCUACCGUCGCCGCCGCAGAAGAAGAGAGAUCGAAUCCUACCUCCUAUCAGCAGCAGCAGAAGAAACAACGGUAACAGCAAAAGCAACGUCCGAAGAAGCAACGGUGGCAGAGAUGCCAGCCAGCAACUCUCCCGAGGCUCACAAACGGCCCAUCUUCGAGAUGGAGGGACAAGAACAGCACAAGGAGCUGCAGGGUUCUCUGCCAGCCAGCGAGAUGCCUGGUUCACAACCAGCCCCGGCGGAACUAGCAGGCAGUCCCCAUAUCUAA